AUGCAAAGAAAAAGACGCUGUGCUUUCGAUUCAGAUAAUUUGGAAGAAUAUAUUUAACUGGCAACUAUUGGAUAGAAUUAAACCAACCUAUUCUAUGAUGAUAAAAAAUUAAACUGGUUAAACAAGAGUAAAUAAGUGGAUGAUGAUGAGGAAGUACUCAAGGAUAUCGAAGGAUUUGAACAUAACUAUAGCUCCCCACAGGUGGAUUAUAUUGACACUUAAGAAUUACCUCCUGAUAUAGUUUUGAAAUCAGGAGAUGAUAUAUUUAGUCAUUAUAUUAUGAUUUUGGGAGACAUCAACGAAUAUGUGAAGCAAUCAUUAACCUUGUUUUGCAUGUAGAGUCGUAAAAAUAGUAGUGAGGAUUUCAAUGAAGAGUUGAUAUCUCCAAUUAAAAGGUACUAAUUAAUAUUUCACACACUCAGCAAGCUUUGUUUAGAUUUAGCCGUAAAGAGGAUUCAAGAAAAAAAUGGAGUGCACAUUGUCAAGUUUCUUAUGCAUGAUAUGACGAUCUAAAAUUAUGGUCCAAUCAUUAAUGUUUACUUUCUCUAAACUUCCAAUUACAUACUAAUAAUUAAUAUCGAUUAGAAUAACUUCUAAGCUCAGAAGGAACAAGAUAUGAUAGAAACUGUUAAAUAGAAGGCUUCAACUGUUAAGAAUGUCUACGUUUUAUAUUUUACGGAAUCUGACAUCCAGGAUCAAAGAAUACCUAACCAAUAUUAUUGCAAUCGAUGGAAUAUAAGUGUGAUUCUUUCAUAAAUCAUAGACCAAGUCAUUAAUUAAUGA